GAUGAAUCCGAUAUCUAACAUGAAAAGAAAAUCAAGCUAAUGUGCGCCCUUCCUAUUCGGGUAGGGCGCAUACUGUUUGCACGUGGGGUCGCACAUAGAAGUACUUGUAUGCGAUUAGUGCUGUGUAAUUCUCCAACUUCUGUCCGCUCAAUAUUGCCUGUAGCAACUGUUUCCCAUUCUAUUUUCGCAAGUGCGAAUUCUGUUCCCAACUCAUCCAGACCAUCAUGGAUAAUGUGAAACGUGAAAGAAGGGUUCUGCAAAGGCAGAGCCGGUACCGAACAGUAGCCAUCAAAAGAUCCCGCGGUACAAGUCCAACAAGACAUAACUUUUCCAAUCCAAAGCUAAUAAAAUCCUUCCAGAUAAUUAGUAAUGCGCCUCUUCUGCCCCACAUCAGAUUCCAUGUCCGAGUCCAUCUUAUCGCCGCUAAGGCCGUCUCUGAACGGAUUGGCUGUGAAAACACCUGCUGGUAUAUUGUACAAGUGAAGGAUUCCAGUACUCCGUACAGGCUUCUUAAGAAAGUCAUCGCCCCCUGGCAUCCAACCCCUCUCCUUCCUCGUCCCUGCCCUUCUAUCUUUUCUGCUGUCUUUGCUUCUUCCUCUUUUCCCCCUCGUAUGCUCAACCCGUGCCAGGGCCUAGUCGGUUUUCCCAGCAUACAGUGUAAUACGCCAACACAGCAUUGUCUACCGAGCAGUUUGCCCUUGCAAACCAAACCACGUCUGCAUCAUGAGCUAAGAAUAUCUCUACCCUUCUGCGCUUUUAUAGGCCCACCACUCAUCCCGCCCGUGGAAAAGGAUUUCACAUGAACCAAAAUAUGAAGUUCAGACGAAAGCAGCUGCCGAUUUCGAGUCCGGCUCAGGAUCUAUUACCUUUCCACCAACCAAAGCAUGUACUGUGUACAAAUAAAACUCUCUGCCAAUGGGUUUUGGCCGGUAUCCGUAUCUCGC